GUCUCAUUCCAGCCGGGCCUUGGCUCCGGAGACGUUGUUGGUCCCCUGUGUCCUCUCCUGGCAGGUGGAGGGGACGCGAUGGCUGGAAGAGAUCCGGAACCAGCGCGCUACUAUGUGGGUGUGGAUGUGGGGACAGGCAGCGUCCGCGCGGCCCUGGUGGACCAGAGGGGCAUCCUUUUGGCUUUCGCAGACCAGCCAAUUAACCAGUGGGAGCCUCAGUUCAACCAUCACGAGCAGUCCUCCGAGGACAUCUGGGCCGCGUGCUGUGUUGUCACGAAGAAAGUUGUACAGGGAAUUGAUUUAAACCAAGUCCGAGGGCUUGGGUUUGAUGCCACGUGUUCUCUGGUGGUUUUGGAUAAGCAUUUUCGUCCUUUACCAGUAAACCAUGAAGGGGACUCCCGUCGUAACAUCAUCAUGUGGCUGGACCACCGAGCAGUCAGUCAGGUGCACAGGAUCAAUGAGACCAAACACAGCGCCCUGCAGUACGUGGGGGGCGUGAUGUCUGUGGAGAUGCAGGCCCCAAAGCUUCUGUGGCUGAAGGAGAACUUGAGAGAGACUUGCUGGGAUCAGGCGGGACAUUUCUUUGAUCUCCCAGACUUCUUAUCGUGGAAGGCAACAGGUGUCACAGCAAGGUCUCUCUGCUCCCUGGUGUGCAAAUGGACAUAUUCGGCAGAGAAAGGCUGGGACGACAGUUUCUGGAAGAUGAUUGGUUUGGAAGACUUUGUUGCAGAUAACUAUGGCAAAAUAGGAAACCAAGUGCUGCCCCCUGGAGCUCCUCUUGGAAAUGGGCUUACACCAGAGGCAGCGAAAGACCUUGGCCUUCCUGCUGGCAUUGCGGUGGCAGCUUCACUGAUCGAUGCCCACGCGGGAGGCCUAGGAGUGAUUGGAACAGAUGUGAGGGGGCACGGCCUCGCCUGUGAGGGCCAGCCAGUGACGUCGCGGUUGGCUGUCAUCUGUGGAACAUCUUCUUGUCACAUGGGGAUUAGCAGAGACCCGAUUUUUGUACCAGGCGUCUGGGGCCCUUAUUUCUCAGCCAUGGUUCCUGGGUUCUGGCUGAAUGAAGGUGGACAGAGUGUUACUGGGAAAUUGAUAGACCACGUGGUGCAGGGCCACGCCGCCUUCCCCGAGCUGCAAGCCAAGGCCGCCGCCAGAUGCCAGAGUGUAUAUGCAUAUUUGAACAGUCACCUGGAUCUGAUUAAGAAGGCUCAGCCUGUGGGUUUCCUCACUGUUGAUUUACAUGUUUGGCCAGAUUUCCAUGGCAACCGGUCUCCCUUAGCAGAUCUGACACUCAAGGGCAUGGUCACCGGAUUGAAACUAUCUCAGGACCUGGAUGAUCUUGCCAUUCUCUACCUGGCCACAGUUCAAGCCAUUGCUCUCGGGACCCGCCUCAUUAUUGAGGCCAUGGAGGCCGCGGGGCACUCGAUCAGCACUCUUUUCCUGUGCGGAGGCCUGAGCAAGAAUCCCCUUUUUGUGCAAAUGCACGCGGACGUUACCGGCAUGCCUGUGGUCCUGUCCCAAGAGGUGGAGUCAGUUCUUGUGGGCGCUGCUAUUCUGGGUGCCUGUGCCUCGGGGGAUUUCACUUCGGUACAGGAGGCGAUGGCAAGCAUGAGCCACGUUGGGAAAGUCGUGCUUCCCAGGCGUGAGGAUAAAAGAUACUACGACAAGAAAUACCAAGUGUUCCUGAAGCUGGUGGAACACCAGAAGGAGUAUGCGGCCAUCAUGCAAGGGGACUGAACGGAGCUUGCCGGGGCCAGCGCCACGAGGCCGCGGGCAUGGCAUCAGGGACCUCUGUCACUGCAGCUAGUGUUCAGGACCCUUUAGGUGUCACUUCAUACUUCUGUAUUCUCUUUUAAUAAAGAAAACCACGAUGUGCAA